AUGGAGAUCAGUCUGUUGGGGCUUCUUCUCUGGUGCUUCCAUCUGGAACCCCUCUGGGCAGCCGGGAUCUUUCAACAUCAACUCGCCGCUCCGACCAAGACCAGGACACCCAAAGCAAAGGAAUGGAUGCCUCCCUCCUCAGCUUCUCUGGCCUCACCUUUCACCUGGGUGCCCACCCCGAACAUGGAUAAGAACGAUCCUGAGGGAUCAGAGGCCGCGGUGGCUUUCCUGUACUCCGGGGACAGCUCGCGCCUCUCACAAGCCAACUGUACUCAGAGAUUUGAGGCGAGGGAUGUGGGAAAGGCCUCUAGCCCUCCUCUGGCCUUGCAUUCCUCUUUGCGCAGCGCUAUCGAAACCCUGACCCAUGCUACCAACUUCCUCAACAUGGUCUUCCAGACCAAUGACAUCCGUGAGUCUAGCGUGAAAGAGGACGUGGAGUGGUACCAUGCUUUGGUCAGGAGCAUCAUGGAAGGAGAUUCCCAAGUGUACAGAGCCAUGCUGACCUUUGAUGCGCACCCAGUGUCUUCCAAGCCCCAGUUGAUGCUCCAGGCCACCAAGGAGAACAAUGAGAUAUUACUCCAGGAUCUCUCGAUCUAUGCUGAAAGCCUGAGGAACCUGACUUGGGAAAACGAGUGGUACAACUUCUUCCGGUUUCAGAAGUCCCCAACGCUCUUUAAGCGGAUCCUCAGCAACGACCUCAAGACACUGGACACUCCCAAAUGGAGCCGGGGAGACAGCUAUGUGAUGGAUACAGACCAUAUCAAGUGGUCACCACCGUUCCUGGAAUGCGAGGAUGGGAAGUUCUUGGCCAGCUGGAUGGUCACGCUCUCCUCUUCCUUCUACGGCCUCAAGCCUGACCUGAAACCAGAAUUCAAGGGGGUCGUGAGAAUGGAUGUUAAAAUCCGGAACAUUGAUAUAAACCAAUGCGCCAGUGGACAGGGAUGGUUUGCAAACACACACCAGUGCGAUCUCAACAGCACCAAGUGCGUCCCACAGGAAAACCAGGGCUUCAUCCUCGGAAGAUACCUUUGCCCCUGUAAACCAGGUUUCUACCGGCUAAGCAGGCCCUUCGUCUCCUCCAGGAAACGUUCAUCCCAAUAUGCAGGCCAGUACGGGACAGUGGAUUCUGGGAAUUUACUGGAGUGCCGCCCCUGUCAGGAGGGAUGUACCACCUGCAUCGAUGACAUGCCGUGUCUGAUCAAAGAAGAUUGGUCUCUGCGGGCUGCCAUCCUGGCCUUCCAGGCCUUCUGCAUGCUGGCAGUCUUCCUCAGCAUGCUCAUCUCCUACCACUUCAGGAAGAGCAAGAGGAUUCGGGCAUCAGGUGUUAUUCUUCUGGAGACGAUACUCUUUGGCUCACUCCUUCUCUACUUUCCUGUGUUCAUCCUCUACUUCAAGCCGAGCAUCUUUCGCUGCAUCGUCCUGCGCUGGGUGCGAAUGCUGGGUUUUGCCAUUGUGUAUGGAACGAUCACUCUCAAACUGUACAGGGUCUUAAAGGUCUUUCUCUCCCGCACGGCCCAGAGAGUCCCUUACAUGACCAGCGGGCGGGUUCUGAAGAUGCUGGCUUUGAUCCUGCUCUUGGUGCUUUGGUUCUUAGCAGCCUGGACUGUGGGGAUGUUGGAGAACAUAGAGAAGAACAUCCCGCUGGUGGUCCGAUCCCAGACCACGAAUGGCCUCCAGUUCUAUAUCUGCGAUCAUGACCGCUGGGACUACAUGAUGGUUGUUGCGGAGAUGCUGUUCUUGUUCUGGGGAAGCUUCCUCUGCUAUGCCACACGGACCGUCCCUUCUGCUUUCCACGAGCCACGCUACAUGGGGAUCGCUCUCCACAACGAGCUGAUUAUUUCUGCCACGUUCCACGUAGUCAGGUUUUUAAUGGUUCCCUCCCUGCAUCCAGACUGGACACUGUUGCUGUUUUUCAUUCACACACAUAUCACGACCACGUUGACGUUGGCACUCCUUUUCAUCCCAAAGCUCUUUCAAGGACUGCCCUUGAGAGAACAGCUNGCUGCCGAGGUAUACGAGGAUGAGCUGGAUAUGAGGCGAUCAGGCUCCUACCUGAACAGCAGCAUCACGUCAGCCUGGAGUGAGCACAGCCUUGACCCCGAUGACAUUCGGGAUGAACUGAAAAAGCUUUACACACAACUGGAGGUUCACAAGACCAAGAAGAUGACGGCCAACAACCCUCACCUUCAAAAGAAGAGGAGUUCCAAGAGGGGGAUCGGCCGUUCCCUCAUGAGGCGUAUCACUGAGAUCCCUGAGUCUAUGUCCCGCCAGUGCAGCAAAGAGGAGAGAGAUGGGUCUUCCAGCAGAGGCACCAGGAGUCGCUCGGGUUCCUACAAGCGAAGGCACUUGGACUCUGGUAGCUCGAGCAUGAAGCUGAAAGACGACUUUUCUUCCAAGCGCAAGGUGGCCCCGUCCCUGAAAAAGUCCCACAGCACCUACGACCACAUGAGGGACGUCAAGGAGAACAACUUAUCAGCCAGGCACGACAACUGCAAAGAGGCUCCUUUGCUAGAUUCGCUGAUGAGGAAAAAACUAGCCAAGAAAGCUUCGGAGAGAUCCAAUAGCGACUGUCUCGAUGAUUCGGCCCCUCUGGUCUACAAGUCGGCCAGCGCUCACAAUCUAUCGGCCAACAAGAAACCUCUGCAGCCCAAGCCUUCACCCCUGCAGAAGUCCCUCAGUGUUGCCACCAGCGCCAAAGAGAAGGCCCUGCUGCUCACCAGCAGGGCUUACCUAGAAGAGCGUGACAGGCAAACCCAAGAAAAAAAGGCGAGAGCAGCAGAAGACUCUGCAAUGGAAAGCAAGGCCUCUGGGCACACCAAGAUUACCAAUGUUGCCUCAAAUCUAGUAACGAAACGGCGACAGAGGGAUGAUGCAUCUGAAGCAACUGCAGAAUCCCUUCUGGAAGACAGCGGCUCCAUCGAAGAUGCCACAUGCCUGGCGGAAGCUGAUUCAGCUUCCACCACAGCCCCACCGACCCCCGGAGAAAGCAGGAUGCAGAAACACGUCACGUACGCCCCCAACAGGAGCUACAGUGAGCACAUCUCCGAUUCGGCGGGAAAGAGACACCAGGCCAGCAAGAAGACACCACCCGAGCCACCCGUCCGGCAACAAAGUUUGGGCCAUAGCCUCGAAAGAACGGACCAAGCACUGGCUCUCACCCAGUCCUUGAAGAGAGAUUCCAAAGGGAGCCCAACACUAGGAGAUGUACGGCCUUGGGAAUCGAUGGAGUCUCCGGCAAAGAGCGAGGCAGAGAGGAGCCGGAAAGCAUCAGAGGAUGCGCCGCUCCCUUCUCCCGUUGGGCUACAAAGGCUGGCCUCCAUUGCUGCAGAAGUCUGUCCUUGGGAGGUCAUGGAAGUGCCAAGCAAAAAAGACCCACAAGGGAGCGAGAUGGACAGUCAGAAUGACUCUCCGGAGAAACAACCCCAGAUCUCCAUUCCGAAAAGCUCUAUGAAAAGCUUAAGUCUAGCCAUUAAGGCAUUCAACCGGUCACGAAUAAAGGCAAGCGUGAAAGCAAGGAGAGAUAGUGAAGAAAGCCUCAGAAAAACUGAAAAGCCCAAACUGGCGGAAAUAGUCUCUCUCUCUGUUGGAGGGACACCAAGGCAACAGGAAACAUCCAGAAGCCCAGAGGAGAGCAGGGCAAAGGUACCCAGCAGGCAAGCAAGCAUCUGCCCUUGGGAUGAGGAGGACAUCCCGCCCAGCCCACAGAAGAAGAGCCCGAGCAAAGCAUUUGAGGUGUGUCCUUCGGAGAUGAGCCAAGAUGGCAUCAUGCUCGGCAGAGCAGGCAGUUCAGAAGCGAUGGCUCCCAAAAGCUCUGGAAAGAUCUCCCCUGUCAUACUGGAAGAGACCAAGAGCCAAUGGGAAUCCACGUGGAGGAGCCUGGACACGGAUCAAAACGCAGAGGAUAAAACCUCCAAGUAUGCUUUAAUGGUCCCAAGAACAGACAAGAAGAAGGCAGCAGCCUAUCCUUGGGAAGUGGCAGAGGCCAUAGCCAGCUCCAGGGAAACAAGCACGGCUUUGCCAAGGGAUGAACCAAUAACAGAUGGAUACAAGAAAGGGGCAUCUUCGAAAGAGGCCCUUCAAUCUGUAUCCCAAGAAAAAGUGAGCAGCCUGCAUGAUUCAAGGGAUAGCAAGGAGAUUGAGAAGAGCCCGGAGCUACCUGAGGUAGACCAAAAGAAACCCAAGAGUAUGGAGAUCGAUAAGGCACAGAUUUGUCCUUGGGAAACAGAGGAGGUGAGUACCAGCGAUAAAGCACUGAUCUGCCCUUGGGAUGUGGAGGAACCUCCAGUGGAGAUGUCGCCCGUAGGGGACAAGGACCUGUUUUCCAAAGAGACCAGCAGAACCCAACGAGCAGUGGCAGUGGAGAAAAUCAGCGACCAAGUAGAUUCCAUUUGCCCCUGGGAGUCCAUGGAAUUACCAGCAAAAACUGAAGAUGCUAAAAGCAUGGCCACUUGUAGGACACCUGAAGAUGGAACCAACAUCAGAAUAGUGAUAUGUCCUUGGGAGGAGACGAGUGAUGACUUCUUAUUGAUGGACCAGCUAGAUCAGGAUCCAGGAGAGGAAUCCAAAGGGGCUGAAAGGACAAAACCCAGAAGUCCUAUAUCAGAGGAGAUCAGUGACAUUCCGUCCAGAAAAUGGGAUAAAGAAGGCAGUCCUCAAGACUCUAUUUGCCCCUGGGAAAACGCAGGAGCCGAAGAAGCAAACACUGAAAUUGCUGCUAAAAUACCAGACCUACCCAAAGUCGUUUUGAAGACAAGCAGCAGCGUGGAGAGUAAAAAGGCAGCGGUUUGUCCUUGGGAGGCUGAAGAUAUUGAAAUUGACUCUAAGGCAGCAAUCUGCCCCUGGGAAGUGACUCUGGCUCCAUCAGAUAGAAGGACUUCAGCACAUGAUAAGGGUGAAGCUUCAAAAAGGACAGGAGACAUCAUGGCUACAUCUCCAGAGAUGGCGAGCAGUCCACGAGAAUCCAUCUGUCCUUGGGAAACGAUGGGCGCUCAUGACAUUCCAUCAGAAACUGGCACUAAAAGUCCAGACCAAUCUAAAGUAGCCCGCAGAGAAUCCAGCAGUACUGAUAGCUUCAAGGCAGAAGUGUGUCCUUGGGAAAUCCAGGAAACCGACUCUAGCACUAAGGCAGAUGUGUGCCCAUGGGAGGAGCCUGAAAGCUUGUUGAGUAAAAGAUCAACCUCAAAAGGUGACAGAGCUCUUGAAAGGGAGAGGACUACCCCUCCAAAAGAAACAGAGCCUUUUAAAGCAACGGAAAAAGCGAUCAGUCCACAAGAGUCAGUCUGCCCAUGGGAAACCAUCAAUCCCAGUGAAGUCUUUAUUAAACCGGAAAUGUCUAAAGCCCCUUCUAAGAAAUCUGAGAGUGUUGAGAGCUUAAGGGCAGAGAUUUGUCCUUGGGAAGUCACUAAAAGUCUACCAGAUAAAAAUGCUUUAAGUAUUAGCAACCAAGACAGCACAUGUGCCACACCAAAACCUACGGAAAAGCUGAUCAGCCCACGAGAAGAAGUCUGUCCUUGGGAAAGCACGGAGGUUGAGGAACCUUCCCAAUCAGGUGGCCGAAGCCCGGCCUCAAGGAAAUCAGAUAGCAUUGAAAGUCUAAGGGCAGUAGUUUGUCCGUGGGAAACUUCAGAAGAAGACCUCAGUACGGUGGACGUGCACCAAUGCACAGCAGAGAAGGCACCCUUGGAAAAACAGCAGUUAAGCCAUGACCCAGUUGAGUCUCCCAAAGGAAAAACAGACAGGGCACUGAGAAGUCCCGGUGCAAAGAAGGCUGGGGGAGAAAUUGCAUUUAAGAAGAUGGAGAAGUCCAAGAGCCACCAAGAUACAGUUUGUGCCUGGGGGAGUAUGGACUUUGAGAAACCAUCUGCCAAAAGCACCCGAAGUCUAGAUCUGUUUCUCGUGGGUUACAAAAAACAUGACAGUGUUGAGAGCCUAAAGGCAGAGAUUUGCCCAUGGGACUUCCAGGAGAUUCAUACGAGAGCUGAAAUAUGUCCAUGGGAGGUGUACGAAGGACCACCAGAGUCAGACACCUCGAGAAAGGAUAAAGGCAGGAAUUCUACAGAUGAAACGGACACCAGACCAAUGGGGUGGUGGAAGGCGAUGGAAAAAGCAGGCAGCCCACGAGAAUCCAUUUCUCACUGGGAUAGCAUAGAAUUACUGAGCGGCAGAAGCCCAGUCCGGUCCAAAGCUGGCUCUAGCAAAUCAGACAGCGUCGAAAGCUUGAGGGCAGAGGUAUGCCCUUGGGAAGUAGAGGAAGAAGAAUCUGACAGCAAGAUGCCCACCUCAAAAACAGAGCCAGUGCUAAUCACUAAAGUGGUAUUAAAACAAGACACAAGCAGAGCUUUGAAAGGCAGAAGACUGAGUACCAGCCCAGAUCGAAAGAACGCUGGGGGACCCGGUGCAUCUAGAAAGAUAGAGAAGGCUCACAGCCACCACGAGUUAGCUUCCAAGAGUACUGAAGAACUCUCCAUAAAACAAAGCAGCAAAAGCUUCGACCUGUCCAAGGUUGGAUCCCAAAAAUCCGACAGCACAGAAAGUCUGAGAGCUGAGGUUUGUCCGUGGGAAUCCCAAGAGUUUGAGUCGAUCACCAAAAUGGAAGACUUUCCCUGGGAGCCGGCUGAUGUUCCCUUAGAGAAGAAGUUAUCAAGGAAGUACAUUAGCAGGACUUCCUUAGCGGAUACCAAAGCAGCUAGAAAAGGCCCUAGAGAUACACCAAGAGUCUUGGCAUCAAGUCAUUCGGCUGGCAGUUUGAUAAAGAAAUCUGACAGCUCUGAGAGCCGGAGGACAGAAAUUUGCCCUUGGGAAGCAGACUCCCCAGAAGUACCUCUUAAGGAGGAGAUUUGUCCAUGGGAAACAGCAACCGGAUUGGUCACCGAGACCGAGAAACAGGCAACAUGCACUGACAGGACAGAGGCACCCCCAGCCGGGGAGAAAACACCCCAGAGCAAGCCUGAGGGUCUAGCUAGACACAGACCUCUGUGCCGUACCUACCCGGAGAGCAUGCUACCAAAAGGCAUAAGCAAAGGCCCACGGGCCACCGCUGCAGCGAAAACCGGAAGCGACGGCGCCAUGGCUGACAUCUGUCCUUGGGAUGACCCUGCCGCCGACAGAAAAGACUACAUGGCCAUCAGCAAGGCUUUCUCUGAGGCAUCUCUGUGGGGGGCAGGAGGACAUGGUUCCACUCUAGCCAGAGGCCAAAGAGGGGAUAAGCCCCAGGCCAGGGAGGCAAAGAGUCCUAGGCAAGCCAAAUCGGUUGCUUCUCCUUGGGACUCCGACUGA